CAUGGCACACGUCAAGAAGAAAUGAUUGAUCACAGGCUAACAGACAGAGAAUGGGCAGAAGAAUGGAAACACCUUGACCAUCUGUUAAACUGCAUAAUGGACAUGGUGGAAAAAACUAGACGAUCUCUCACUGUACUACGGCGAUGUCAAGAGGCAGACCGUGAGGAGCUUAAUUACUGGAUACGGCGGUACAGUGAUGCUGAAGAUUUAAAAAAAGGCGGUAACAGCAGCAGUAGUCAUUCCAGACAGCAGAGUCCAGUGAAUCCAGAUCCAGUUUCAUUAGAAUCGCAUCGGGAAUUCCUUCACAGGCCUGCGUCUGGAUACGUGCCAGAGGAGAUCUGGAAGAAAGCUGAGGAAGCUGUCAAUGAAGUAAAGCGUCAGGCGAUGGCCGAGUUGCAGAAGGCAGUGUCGGAGGCUGAGAGGAAAGCUCACGACAUGAUCACUUCAGAGAGAGCUAAGAUGGAGCGCACUGUUGCUGAAGCCAAGCGCCAGGCUGCAGAGGAUGCACUUGCUGUUAUCAACCAGCAGGAGGAUUCAAGCGAGAGUUGCUGGAACUGUGGCCGGAAAGCUAGCGAAACCUGCAGUGGUUGCAACACAGCACGAUACUGUGGCUCAUUUUGCCAGCAUAAAGACUGGGAGAAGCACCAUCAUAUCUGUGGACAGACCCUCCAAGCCCAGCAGCAAGGAGAGACACCAGCAGUGAGCUCCUCUGUGACGCCCAGCAGUGGGGCUGGCAGCCCCAUUGACACUCCACCAGCAGCCACUCCUAGGUCCAACACCCCGGGAACCCCAUCCACCAUAGAGGCGACUCCUCGUUAAAACUGAACUCAAAACUCUGAACACAAAAACACAACAAAAAAAUGAAACCAAUUCCUCAUCCUCAGAUGCGCAAAGAUUUUAACUGAACUGUCAUAUUUCAAUACUUCAAUAAGAAAGAACUUACUGUAUCUUGAGGUGGUAGAAAAUACAGAAGGCCAGUAACGGGUCAUAAUGACUUAUUGUGGAUAACAAAGAUAUCUUUUCUUUAGAAUACUGAAAAGAGAGCAGAGAAUAUACACAAAAUGAUAGAUUUGACCUCCUCCCUGUUAUUUUCCAGUAGCUGGGAUUUUAAACUAGAUGACCUCAUUAACAGAUGCUUUACCAAACAGCAAACCAAGAGAUUGCUAAUUGCUGUUGAAAGCAAAUUGCUAAUAUUAAAGUCACCAUGUUCUUUAUAACAAUAAUGGAAAUUGAAAAAAAAAAAGAGAGAGAGAGAAAAAAUAACCCUCAAGGGCAUGAGCAUUGGAUACAGCAGUAGUAGACAUUUUAACAAGAAGAUGAAUGGCGUCCGUGGGUUACUGACUGAACUUUGAAGACCCGCAUCAAAACGCGCAGAUGUGCAGCAGAUUGGAAGGAGACACAGAUGUUCAUUUUUUUUUCCUGUUUCUGAAAGAAAUAAAAUAAUAUCCAGGUCAACAGAAUGAAAAAUGAAAAAUGAUUUGCAGUGGGAUGUAGGACUACAGCAGUACAGCAGCAAAGAAAAAAAAAGCCAUAAUACAAAAGGCUUUUUUUUUUUUUAAAUACAGAAAUAAGGGACACAGCCUGCAGUUGAUUAGCAUCCUGGCGGCUUUGACAUCAGCCAGCUGCUCCAACUAAACCUUUCAACAUUUCUUCACUUUUUUUGCAAGAUUCCACAGAGUAUGACAAUCGGGUCUAUUCCAGCUCAUUCAUUUUUGUAUUGAAAAUUAAUAAUAAUAGUUAAUAAUAUGGUGGCUCCAGCUCCAGCCCCUUUCCAAAUUCUUUCCACCCCAUCCCGUUUGGGUUUUUAAAUAA